AUGUUCAAGCCGGAUGUUGCUACCACAGUCAAAGUGACUCCAGUCACUCCAGCUAUUGAUGCCCUUUCGGUCAAGCAAGUCUGGGAAGGCACGGGUUUGCCAGACCGCAGUGACAAGUCCAAAAUGUUGGCAUACCUGCGAGGGAUGAACGCUGCCACCAAAAUAAGCGGCGCCGCAUACGACGAAUCUCGGCACCGAGUGGUCGAGAAGAAAUCAGAUAUUCAUAAACAAAAUAUCAAGAACCCUGUGGUCGAUACGUUUAAGGGUUCGGACCACGAAGUCUCGUGGGGGAAUGCGAACCCGGCUACCCUGCCGACUAUUCUGCAACUCGAACCUGAGAAAGAACCUGAUAGUGACACAUGUUUUUGGCGAGGACAGCAGGCACUAGAGGCAUCGUCAUUGGAUGAUGACGCAUACCGAUCACGCUUAGUCCAGGAUACUGCUAAUAUCACUAGUAAAGCUAAAGAACAUAAACCACAUAAUGUUACUGUUAAAAUACCUGAGGACCCUACUAUACCUGAUAUUACUAAAAAAACUGAUGAGAAAAAAACCAAAAAACCCAAAAAAAGCGAGGCGGCGUCACAAUUCGAGAAUCUUGGAGAAAACGUCAUAAAAUUUUAUGAAUGCCUGAAAAAGAAAUUUUUCAUAUCUUGCGAUAAAAUGAGAGUCAAAAUCUGCGCGAUGUUUGGCUAAAGAAAACG